GCAAUUUGAAGUUCUCUCGGGGGGUAUAUAAGCAUCUGAAACAUCGACAGUGUAUCCGUGGUCGACGAAAGGAAUUCAGUCUGCAACAUCUUCGUGUUGAAAAAUCAGCAUCAUGAGGGUUACACUCGUUUCGGUUCUUGUGCUCUCCUUGCUGGGCAUCUGUUGCGCCUGGUCUGUGAGGAAAUUCCCUGAGGCUCUCCAAGACGUGAAGAGGAGUGACUCCAGCAGCAGUAGCGAGGAAUCGUCUGAGUCAUCGAGCAGCGAGUGGAGUGACUCUUCGGAGAGCAGUGAGGAGACGACUACGAGCGAAACGACCACAGCGGAACUGACAACCACAGCGGAUGAGACAACCACAGCGGAUGGGACAACCACAGCGGAAGAGACAACCACAGCGGAAGAGACAACCACAGCGGAAGAGACAACCACAGCGACCCCUUGAGUAUAAAGCUCGAGUUACCC